UCGCUCGUUUAUUUCAUCAGGUUCAUUUUUCUUUAGAGUAUUUUUUUGUAAUCUUUCAGUCUGAUCAAUUCGGAAGGAGUGGCCCUGUACUAGUCUUGGUGCUUCGCUCAUGUAUAUGUAUAACCGACUACCCACUGGGUGAUAUUACAUGACGGUUUCUCCCCGGCUUUUUAAACCCAUAUGUAUGCAAGCAUUUAAGUCCACAUGCUAUGCAGGCAUUUAACUCCACAUGCAUAUUCAUUCUAUGCAGAAAAUAUACGCAUACGUCUGCGCAAGCUUCCCAGCAACUGGUGUGCGUGUAAUUGCGUCGUGCCCGACCAUGCAUACGCACUGCCAGAACCAUCCAGUGGCUAUAUCACGGAUACAGUCCAUAGUCUGGGCGUACACACGUCAUUGGUCGCAUUUCACACAGAUACGGCACGCGAGUAUGAGUCCACGUUUGCCAAGCGCAGCAUCUACCGCUGGUGUUGUUCUGCAUCAUCGCCGAUGUCGGGCAUUGACAGUAACUAUCACGUAGUCGCACAUUCGACAGCUGUAUCUCUUGGACUAUUCAUGUACGGAUAUACUUGUGCCAUUUAAUAGCCUGGAAUGGUUGAAUUUGUUUGGGCGUGCACAACAGGUCCUCUCCGCGUGCUCAGCAUAUGCUGUCCAACCAUGUGUCAUGCAUAUGCUUCCUCUAUAGAGCCGUUUAUGGACUAUAGGGUAAGGGCGCCGCAGAUGCGCGUCAGUGCGUGUGAUUCAGGAUGUAUGGACAUAGUAG